UGCUGUAAGGAGAGUCUGCUCAUGAUUAAACUAAAAACCCUAGCAGCUCUUUAGUGCUAUUUUUUGCUGGAGAUAAACGAGAUUUAUAUGUAUCAGGGAUUCAUACAAAAAUAUAUACAAAUAUAAAAACACAUAGCUCCUUUAAAGAUACCGAAAACAGCCCGUAAAGAACCCAACAGAUUGAAAUAGGGAUUUCCAGACUGUAUCAGAGUGAAUAUCAGAUACAGCAAAUAGCUGCUGAAGCUGAUGUUCACAAGGACAAGAGUCACGUGAUGUAUGAAGGCAAACACAUACACUUCUCGGAGCUGGACAAUAAGCCAUUGUGCUCGUACAGCCCAAAGCUCUGCAAGCAGCGCCGGCUCAACGGCUACGCCUUCUGUAUCCGACACGUCCUCGAGGACAAGACCGCCCCCUUCAAGCAAUGUGAAUAUGUGGCCAAGUACAACAGCCAGCGCUGCACCAACCCCAUCCCCAAGUCAGAAGAUCGCAGGUACUGUAAUAGCCACCUGCAGGUGCUUGGGUUCAUCCCGAAGAAGGAGCGUAAAAAGAAGAAUGACCCGAUGGAGGAGAUCCGGUCGCGGCCUCAUCUGGAGUCGGUGGCACUCAACAUCAUGGUGCCCUCGCUGGCCCUGAAGACACCCAACGGGCUGGAUGGGCCGGCGCUGUCUUCCCCCAGGUCACGGCUGCUAGUGCCCUUCCCAGAGGUGGAGCUGUUGGACCCCUUCGCCUUCCACGAGGACGACACUGACGGCGACGAGGCUGCCCCCAGGAAAGGUUCGGCCGUCAGGAAGAAAUUGCAGAGCAAGCUGGUGCUGAACCAGCGGCUGCGGCUCCAAGAGACCACCGCAGAGAUCUUGAAAAUCCAACCAGAGCACUUUAGCCCUUCUCCUGCACCUUGUCCUCCUCGGCUUCAGCAUCAACACCACCACCACUCGCCUCCAAAUCCCCACCACCAUCAUCAACAGCAGCCUCCCCAGCCCCAGCACUCCUUCCACCUUUCACCUUUACCAAACCCCCCUUCCUGCCUCCCAGGACUGCCACUGGGCUUAAUAUGCAAGCCGCCUCUAUCUCAGACCAGCAGUCUGUCGGCACAGGAAUUGACCCCAGGCACCUCGCCGACGAUAGCACAACAAGCUGGUCGCUCUCCCAGCAAGAAACCUCUCGCUGACGUGUUCCUCCCACCCACCUUACUGCCUCCAACACCGACCGCUAUUAUGGACUCGCCCAAACCCAAGGCUGUCAUUCUCAAACCCACCAACUUUACUCCUCCUCCCGCCUGCCUCAGCAGGCUUCAGAGACUGGUAAAACUGUGCACCCAACGUCAGCAGCAGGAUGGAGAUCUCUUUCCGCAUUUAGGACUGGAUUGGUCAGAAGACAGUGCAGAAGAUGACGAUGAAGUGGAGCAUUUACCACCAUAUCAGUAUGCCUGGAGAUUACGGGAAAGAUAUUCACAGGACAACUCAGAAGAUGAAGUUGGGGCUUCAAGAAGUAACAGGCUGGCUCGACUUUGCAGUUACCUGCAGCAAAAGUAUAAGCACCUCUGCCGCCUGGAGAGGGCAGCAACGCGCCAGAAGAGAUGCCAAUAUGCCUUUCGGAAGGCUCUGCUCCAUGCAGCCAGUAAAGACCCAGAUUGUGCAGGACAGCUAAUUCAGGAACUCCGAAUGGCCACUCGGACACAGACCAGUGUGAGAAAACCAGAGAGAAGGGACACAAACCCAGGGCUCUGUACAGGGAAUAUCAAGAGCCAAGCAUGCACCAACCAGGCACUCCCCUUCACCAGGCACUGUUUUCAGCACAUUUUGCUAAAUCGAUCACAGCAGCUCUUCUCCAGCUGCACAGCCAAGUUUGCAGAUGGUCAACAGUGUUCCAUUCCAGUUUUUGACAUCACACAUCAGACACCGCUAUGUGAGGAACAUGCAAAAAAGAUGGAUAAUUUCCUGCGGGGUGAUAGUAAUCGCAAAGUUCAACACCAGCAACAGCGCAAACCCAGGAAGAAAACAAAACCGCCGGCCCUCACCAAAAAACACAAGAAGAAGCGGAGGAGAGGACCGCGCCGGCCUCAGAAACCCAUUCCACCUGCUGUCCCCCAGGGGAACCUCGGCAUGCCCUCCAGCCUCGUGCUGCCGGCACAGGCAGCCAGCAUCAGGAGUCCCUCAACUCCAGAGUUGAGUACAGACGAGCUUCCUGAUGACAUCACCAAUGACAUCUCAGACAUUCCAAACGACCUUGAGCUGAAUCAGGAGGAUUUUUCUGAUGUCUUGCCAAGGCUUCCUGAUGACCUACAAGACUUUGAUCUGUUUGAAGGUAAGAAUGGUGAACUCCUUCCCACCACAGAGGAGGCAGAGGAGCUGGAACGUGCACUGCAGGCCAUGACAUCCUACACAGCCUCUCUGGAAUGCCUAAGCUCGAUGGGUGAACUCACCCAAUCCGACACUGUGGGUGUCCAGGAACUCUCAGUCCACCGGGGAAUGGGGGUCUUCUCCACACCAGCCGUCUCUGGCAGUGGCAUGGUCACCCUAGGCCGAGCGGUGGUCAACAGUGAGCUAGGAGACCUCCUGAACGGUCGCAUCCCCUCUGAGAACUUCUCCAGCUUGGAGCUGGAUGAGAACUUGCUCCACUCGGCCAACGGCCAGUUCCCUGCACCCCCUCCUCCAGCUCCCUCUUCCUCCACCAUCAGCCUUACCACCACCACCUCCUCCAAUCUGCUUCUCAACCAGAGCCCAUUGGCUGAGCGGACGUUUCCCCCUCCACCCUUCCCUGGGCUCCACGUGGGCAGCCACGCCUCGCCACGGACCCACCCCUCCCAACUGCUUGGCAAGGCAGAGCUCCUUUCCCCCAGACAGCAAUACAGCAGUGAGCACUCUCACUCCUCGCCCCAUGGUAGUCAUUACAAUAGUGAACAUGUGUCGUCCCCCUACAGUGAUCACAUAACCUCCCCCCACCCCACCUCCUUCCCUACUGGUGACAGCAGCAGCAUGGCAGCUACCUUCCAAGCAGAGGCACCACUCAUUCUUUCGGCGCCCCCUAUUCUUUCGGGACAGUUGGAGGUGCCCCAUAGUGGGGUCCAAAUCAAUCCCCGCCCCCAGUGGAACAAUAUCUCCAUGAACUUGACUGACCCCACCCAGUUUGGCAACCUCAUUGGGUCAGAUGGGCACCUGAUCUCCACCUCGCUGUCUACACCGCCCUCCUCCUCGCACUCAGUGACCAUUCAGCCCUCAGCAGCCCUACCAGCGCUGCCCCAGACAAACUUUAGCGGCCUUCCCGCAGCAAUGGGCUCUUCAGCUGCCCCCUCCUCCUCUUCACACGACCUCUUGACUUCCAACCUCCCUAAGCAGCAGCUUCCUCAGUUCAGCGCUGCCUUUGGCCACCAGCUGUCCUCACACAGCGGCAUCCCCAAGGACGUUCAGCCCAGCCACAGCUCCACAGCUCCCCCCACUGGCUUCACGGUUGCAGGUGCGACCGCCGCAAGUGCCAGCAAUGUGACGUCGCCUUUUACCACGCAGAAACAAUAAUCUUAAGUAAACCACAAAUAUAGCUUGGUCCCACACAGAAGAAGAAUGCUUGGAAAUCAUUAAUUGAAGCUCAGUUGAGUAGAAUACUGUUACCUUGGUGAUUCUGACCAGUGGUGUCCUCCUGUUCUGUUUUUUAUUUGUUUGUUUGUUUGAAAUCCAAUCCCCACCGCUAGAGCCCUGGUUCUAAUGAAGCAAAACUAAGGGGAUCGUCACAGCGCAAAACUGUGAAGCACAAAAGAUUGGGAGUCACUGGGUUAGCAAAAUCUGAUACACAUACGCUGAGCUGUAUUUUUCAAGAAACAGUCCUCGCCCUAACAUUUAUGUUAACUGUGCGCACCAUAAAACUGAAAGGCAAGUGGAGGAAUUUAACGAAACCAUCAAGGACAUUUCCGUUUUUAACAUGUAGGUGUCUUAAAAAUGUCGCCUUGCUGUGCUCAUUGAUAUGAGUAUGAAGCUCUGAAAAAACUUCCUACAGUACUUAAAUGAUGCUUCUUUACCAAAGUGCAAGAUUAACUCGCCACAUAACCCACAAUAGAAAAAUUAUUCCUUGAAACUGAUAUAAUGUAUAAUAGAAUUAGAGCUUCAUAUUUUGGGGGCCCGUUUGAACCUGAAAGACUUUCAUUUUUAAUGUUGAAUAGAAACAUUUAAAACAUCAAAAUACAGUAUUUCAUUCUUGUUUUGUAUUAUAAGAGUAGAGUUUUUCUAUUGUAAAUAUCAGACAUUUUAAUGAAAAUUUAAAUAAAAUUGACAUGAAAAAGUGCUGUAACGCUGUAAGCAUUUUUUAUAUAUAAUGGGCCUAAUAUCGAAUGUGUUAUAGCUUUCAGUGCACUUAAUGGGACUAGUAAUCUGCAGUAUUUUAAGAAUCAUACAUGUUGGGAUUGCUUGCCUUUUGAAUUUAUGUUUGUGUAUACAUAGACAAAAUGCAGGAGGAAAUCAAAGUCAUUGUUUAAGAGCACUUUGACACCUGUAAUUUAUUUUGUGAACUGUUUCAUGAAAAAUACAGAAAUGUGUAAAGGAAACAUUUUCGGCUGGAGUCUUGAAAUUUUAGAGAUUUUUAGAGGUAGGCUUUAUGGUAUGAAGUGGUGAAGUCAUUUUAUUAACACAGUGCCACCUCCUGAAAAGAUAAACGUUGCAGUUUUUAAGGUGUCGGACAGGAAAGCCAGAAAUGUUUCUUUUGUCAAAGCAUCCUGGUAAAAAAUAGCCAAAUCUAGGGGUUAAAAAUGUGUACAAUCCUCUGAUGGUGCUUUUUUGGUUAUCUAUGGUCUUGAAGGGAACAUAAAGUAUAAGUGUGAAUUUGUCCCAUUUAAGUGAAAUUAAGUUUACACAUUACAAAGGUAAGGCUGCAUUUCACGUGUCUUAUUGAGCUGGGCUGGGCUGGGGUGGGUGAAAUAUUUAAGUCAGUGUACCUGAUUGACUUUUAAGUGUGCAUCGUGCAAUUAGGGCUGCUUUUGGGGGGGGGGGGGGGGUGGGGACAUCUUAACAAAUAAACGUAUCUGUAGAAUGUAUCAAGUGGAUCUUAGCAGCAUCGUUGCACGCUGUUCUAGUCCGUUUAUGUAAUCUACUAGAUUAUAAUUAAUUGCGGUGUAAGGGGGUAGAUUACCCCAAUAUUGUUUGGUGGCCUGCAAAGUCCUAAUCUAAACCAGGACAGUCAUUUGCUUGCAUGUUGGAUACGAAAGGCUCUUUGUUAGUUGCAGCUCUUAGUUAGCCAGAAUAAAUUGUAGUAAUAUUAAUAGUUCAGAUGCCUUAUAUAAAGUGCCUCUCUUGUAUUGUUUUUUCUGACUGUAAUUCCAUUAAUCAUCCAACAGAGGGUGGUGAUGAGGAACAGCUUUGAACACUGCACAAUUCUUUUUCAUUUAUUUUUACUCGCAUUUGUUUUUAUAAAGGUGCAGCCAUUGCAUGAUUUAAUGUAGUGCAGAAAUGUAUUGAAAAACCUAAAGCUGUACUGUUUUUUCAUAGACUAAACUAAAUCGCAAUAAAGCCUGCAAAAUUCUAGAAUAGCAGUGCCUCCAUUAUGUUGAAUAAAAUCAGAGCUGCUGCUCUCUGGCACAGUGCUUAUGGCAACUGUUAAUAAACCCUGUAUAUAUUUAGCAGAAUACAGAUAAACAUUUCAUCUAUUUAUGUAUUGACUAACAUGGGCUAUAAAAUUUAGGUACUUUCAUAUAUGGGGGCAGUGGACAGGCCACGUAACAUGAUACUUGAAGUGCUGCAAAGCCUCUCAAAUAUGGAAGAUAUUGGGACCCACAAUAAGUAUGAUAUAUAUGUUGGCUUAAACUUUAUGUUCCCUGUAUAGGCCAGAGCUUAACACAGUUCUGUCAGGUAGGUAUUUUUCUACUAUUCCAUUUCUGUUUGGGUAAAUUUUUGUAACUGUUAUAGCAGUACAAAUAUGGGUUUUUUGGUAGUAUUUUUUAGAAACUGAAAGAUGGUUCUAAGUAUUUAAUAUAUUUAUAGAGUAGCAGUCUCUAAAUAGUUGGUUUUAAUGGUAAGUUGAAAUGAGUGGUAAUGGUGUUUAAAAAAAAAAAAAAAAAAAAAAAAAAAAAAAAAAAUCAGCCCUGUUCGUGUACUCCCAUUUCCAGUGAAUUAAUGGAAUCAAUGUUUUAAUAUUUUAAUAGCUAUCAAAACAAAGGUUGUCUUUUACCUACUUAAAUAGAUGGUAGAUUGUGUAUGCUUUCACUGUUUGUCCCAUCAAGUAAGAGUUUUUGUUUUUGUUUUUUAUUGUAUUCAUUUUGGCAGAGAUUUAUGGACAAGUGUUGUAAGUGUUUUUGAUAGCUAUUAAAAUCUACCAAAUAAAGGUUUUAUAUGGGUUGGAAAACAAACAACAAAACACACAGAACAUUGUCAAGCAGAGAAAUCACCCAGUCUUGACUUGUAUUUUGUUUGCUUACCUAGUUGGUCUGUGCUGCCAUGCCUUUCCCCUCCCCUUCUGGCAGACAAACAGCAUUGACAUUUUCUGUUUCCCUCAGCCUUCUGCUCUAAUUUAAAAUACACUCACAGUAGGAACAGCAGCUAAAGUGAAGUUCUGUGGUGCAGAGCAACAAUUGUAACAUGAACUCACAACCAUCACCAGGUAGUAAGGUGUCUGUUUACUUUGCCUUAAUAUACCACAUACACCUUCAUUUCUUCUUUUCAUUAUGAAUUGCAUUGCUUGCAAAACUCACCUGACUAGUCCAAUAUAUGGGCACAUCAUUACAUUUGCACUAACUUUUUAUUUACAUUUUUGGAGUAUAAACAUUUUUGGGUGUGUUUGCUGACAUAUAUGAACAGACUGCUUUUAGUUAUGCAAGGUCUUGUGCCUUUUGAAAUUUCUGUGGAAUUCCUGUUGCACCAUAACUGAAAUGAUUUGUUUCUGCCCUUUUAAAGCCUCAGCCCAUUGUAGCAAUACGGUCUUCAGUGGCCAAACAAUGCACCUGUGGUUUUUAAUUGGAUCCUGGCAAGGAUUUUAUGUUACCUGGGCAGUUGUAGUGUUAAACAUACUGCAUCUGUUGGUAAUCUUCAUAAUUUGUGACCUGUUAAGCCCUGAAACAGAAUUCUUCUAAAUUUCAUCAAAAAUAUACUUCUUGUAGGAAUAAAUUUCAGUGCAUUAUGAUAGUCAUCAUCAGCACUGGGAUGAAUUGUUUUGCAAUAGCACUGGUAUCUGGUUUCUAUACCUUUUUGUGUAAUUCAAGUCGGUCUAACCUCAGCUUUUCAAAUCUUAAAAUACCUCUUUCUAGAUUGUUUAAGAGCUCUUCUCGAUGCCCCCGUCCUUCACGCAGGGUUCUGCUGUUGCUGUUUUAAAAUCCUGUUCCUCCACCCCGUCUCUCCUCACAGCUGCAUGGAAGCACAGAUUCACCGAUAUUCAUUUUAUACUCCUCAAUCCCUCUAGUAUAUUUCAAACGUAGCAGGAAAGAAGCUUCGUAGACUAGUAACUGCUUAAAAUAUGAGAAAGGUGGCUUACAAAUUCCUAUACUCAUUGAAUGUACUGUAUUACUGUUCUUAAAAAUUAUAGGAUGAGCUAAUAAUGAUAUAGUCACCUUUUGUUAUUGGUCCUUGUUUAAUUUGUUUAAGGUAUUUUUUGUAUACAAAAGUUUACAUUUUUAUGUAUAUUUUUCUUGUGUACAAAUGAUGUAAUAUGUGUAUAAACACUGUAUGUAAUAUGUGUAUAUAGUGUGACAAAAAAUGAUCUUUGUUUUUGGAUGUACAAAUAAAACUUGCUGUGAGGUA